UUCGGUAUGACUGUAGCAUUCAUCGGACUCUCAUUUUUUUCCAGGAAUCUCUUCAGUCUGCUCAUACUACUAUGCUAUCUUGAAGUGGCAUGUGCAAUCAUCGUUCUUCGGCUCUUCCACACUGGCAGUGGUAGACCAUUGCCGUCGUUGGUCAUGAGGACGGUAACCAGUCCAUAUAUCGGUUUCCUGGUCAGCGACAACGCUCGACAGCUUUUCUUGGCGCCAUGUAGCCAUCCCAAUCAAGGAGGAACCAGGUCAGGCGACAAGAGGAAUAUGGAUAACAUUCUGGAACUUACAGAUCUUGAACUCUUCAUGGACAUACCGAAAAAGCUACAUCCGACCAACUAUUGCGAAGCUAGAGACAACCGAGCCAUGCGAGCGGUAGAACCAAAUGAUAGACCAAUCGUAGAGGGCGACGUGCAGCCUAUUGCCAAACCUGAGGCAAAUAAAAUGCAUUGGCAGGAAGUUGCUAUACUCUGUGUUAAGAUUCUGUUUGGUUUGAUAUUCAUUUCCCUCCUUGUUACUUGGUGUUAUGUCAUUGUAAGUGUUUAUCUAGAAUGAGGACCAUCCACACAAUUUUGAUGUUUUCAGGUCCUUCGAGAGAAUAUGGCGUCUUGGAACAUGUGGAAUGUGGAUGGAUAGGGCAUUGAUAUUUUUUUCUUUAAAUAAAUCAUGUUUAUCAAAUGGGUAAUGGAAAACAUGGAUAAAUAGUAUUGGAAAGAGAUGUAGACCACUAAAACAGCUACGGUCAGGGUGGUGAUUAAUUUCAACAGGGGUGGCAUGGGGAGUAUAGGAGGCGCCAGGAAUAAUUCAUUGUGCGACUAUACCUUCGACCUUGGUCCGGUUCAGUAGUUUUUCACACAGUCAUUAUUAUUAUUUUUUUAAUGUACAAUAAUUCCUGUGAGCGAUGAUGGGGAGGGAAGUCAUUUAGGUGCCCCCACAAAAAAAUAAUGGGUUAUAUUUGUAGAC